AUGUAUUUGAGUGUGGGGGUGGUUUGUGCCGUGGCAUUGAUGGCUCCAACUCAAGGUGAUCCGGCUGCUGCUAACUCUCUUUUGUCUCAUCAUUUCCACCUCACUGUACCACAAAAGCUAGUCGCUGCUUACAUUCUAGGAAUUGUAUCUACUCUUCUACUUCGCCCUAUGACAUGA